AUGGUCGGUAAGAAGGCGCCGCAGACGAACCGCAUCACCUACCUUCAGAGGCUUUUGGGCCCGGACGCUCCCCGGCAGCUGUGUCCCGCAGAGCGCACCAAGAUGUCCAGGGAGCUCGAGCAGUUGAAGCAGAGGCGGGAGGAGGGCAUCCGGACGCGGCGCCAUGUGAGCUCCGAGGCCGACCGCAUCAUCGCCAGCGGCCAGGCUUCAAGCGAGAUGGUGGCGGUCGAGGUGAGGCAGGGGACCGCCACGCUGGAGCAGCGCUUCGACCGACUGGAUCGGCGCCUGGACGCUGUGAUCGGCCCGAGCGAGUCGUCGGAGAACUUGCGGUUGAUGGCAAAAGCCGCGGCCAAGCGGGAGCGGGAGGACGCCAAGGAGCUGAGGAUUUUGCACGAGGGUCUCCUGGAGGACGGCGACCAGGUGCUCGGGGGCGUGGUGAUCAAGCCCGGCGGCGAGGAGCUCGUGGAUGGGUGCCGCGACCUGGACGCGGUGAUCGUGUGGGGCGGCAUGAGGUGCAGGCUCGUCCGCCUUGGGCCCGAUGGCGUGGUGCUUUUGCACCUCCUUGCGCCGGUCGAGCUGGCCCAGCUCAAGAAGCACCACUCCACGGCCAUGCGGGGUUUCGUCAUCGAGGCCAUCUCCUACACCGACCUCCGCUGGAAGGACCAGAAGCAGCCCGUCUUGCUCUCUUCGGACCGUAGGCUUCCGAAGGCGGCCAGCAUCCGAGUGGCGCUGCAGAAGGGGACACGUGUGCUGGAGCUUUUCCCCGUGAAGGCUGAAAGGGAGCCGCCGGCCAAGCGACGGGCUCUUUCUGAGAAGGGUGACGUCCAGGAGGUCGAGAAGCCGGUGCUCGUAGACCAAGCUGCUGGCAGCGAGGCACCUGCCCAUGGAGACCGCCGCGGAGGAGCAGGUCGAGGAGCCCGUUGCGUCGUGGAGACCUUGGAGGAGCAGAUCGAAAAGCCGCUGGCUCCGGACACGGAUGCGGGCAGCACCGCCGCUCCGGGCACCGAGGCGCCCUUCACGCCUGAGAUGCCGGAGGAGGCCCCGGCAUCACCAAAGGAGCCCGAGGAGCUUUGGGAGAUCGAGCACGGCGGCAGCACCAUCCGCUUCGCCUUCCUGCGCUUCACGGUGUUCAACUACCGCAAGUACGCCGUCGGCAGGCCGGUGGACCCGAAGCAGGAGCUCCCGUCGUGGUACCUGAACCACGAGCUCUUCGAGGAGUACGAUGCGCGAGCCAGGUCGCUGGGAGCCCGCGGAGCCGAUGGAGAAGGAGCCCAGUGCGGAGCAGCUCGUGACGGAGGAGCCGGCGGAGCCAAUCGAGAAGGAGCCCAGCUCGUGACGGAGGAGCCCGCAGAGCCGGCCGAGAAGGAGCACGAGGAGCCCCCUGCCGAGGUUCCGGAGGCCCAGCGCGCCGAGGAGCCCGCGCCCGAGAUCCCGGACACUACUGCGCAGGAGCCCACUGCCGAGAUCCAGAAUGCCGCGGGUGAAGCCGACGACGUGGAGAUCGUGGAGGGCCUCAGGGUGCGCCGUGUCGAGGAUGGCUGGCUCGAGCUGGCUGCCCGGACCUUGGCGGAGUAUGCGGAGGACCUGAAGUUGAAAUGGGGCGGUGACAAGUGGGCCGCGGAGCUCUUCGAGAUCAACAAGGUCACCGGCAAGCUUUACCAGCGCAAGGGGCGAAGGUCCGUCCAUCCGGACGAGACCAGGGUCCCGCAAGAGAUGGAGCUUCCCAUCGCUUCCGAGCUGAUUGUUUCCUUCCUGGCUGCUCCCGCGGAUGUCCAGCAGCAGUCCCAGCGGGCAGGUGAGAGGAGUAUUCGUCAUGUGCCGGGAGGACAGUCGGCUUUCGAAGGUUACGAGACGGAGGACGAGAUCGAGCCGGCAUUCGGCAGCUGCGCCAAGGACUUGUCGGCCCUCGCUGCGGCGGCUCGGUGCUUUGGCUCCACCCAGGGUCCCUUGGAGAUGCUGAAGGCGGUGGCCGACGGGCAGGUGGAGGCAGCCAGGGAGGCUUAUGAGCAGUACUCCGAGUUCUACCACACAUGGGAUGAAAAUAUGGGGACCGACGGGGCUCCCUGUUCUCCCGGAUACUUGCUCUGGGUGACUCUCCGCGACAGAAGGCCCUGGGACGUUCUAUCACCGUAUCAGGUCGCCCAACGAGUUUUUGCGGCGCGCCCCGACGAGAUCAGCGACGAGCCCCUGGAGCCCUGA